AGAUUUUAUAUAUAUUUAUAUAUAUUUAUUGAGAGAGGGAAAUAUACAUUAAUGGUUUACAAUUAAAAUACAAUCUUUUCACUUCACAUAUUUGUUUUUUUCUUCUUACACGAACAGAUACAAUAAUACAUUAAGAGUCAUUAAGAAAUGACAACAUCUCGAAAGCAAAAAGAAACUGAAGGUGGCUUUGAAGAUUUCCAAAUGAGUAAGAUACAACGUCUAGCCAAAGGUGAUGUAAAGGCUAAUAUUUUGUUGUGUGUAGGGUUAGUUAGACCAGUAUUAACUGGAGGCCCGAAAAUAGGUAAAAAAAGGGUUCAUGCAGACCAUGGUCCCAAGAGCCUUCGAAAGAAUAGCUGAAUACUGGCUCCAGAAGCCAUGGCGUCUUUUUUUCCCAGUUCUUUGCCCUCCUGAAGAGCAGUUGUUCCUUUUUUAUCUUUUCAUUGACCUUUCCUAAUGUUGAACAAAAAUGUGAAGAAAUGAAGUUUUAUUAGGCUAAGAAUGUGGGUAUUUAAAAACAAAUUUACUGAAUUUUCAGAAUCUGAGAUAAACAUUUUAUAAAUAUGUGAAAUUUGUCAGUGGAAGAAAAGGUAGAAGAAUAAGGACGCUGCUGAAGAAUGCAGUUUAAUGUUGCAUAGAAAAGCUCUUCCUCUGUUAUACUGCAAGAGAGCAUUUGAGGUGGAUAGGGUGACAGGAAGUCCAAUGAUUCAAAGGUGGAUAAGCAUCUCUAACUAAGGGGCAGAACUGACAGGAAGUUUGAUGAUUUGAAGCACUGUUUUGUUUUUUUUAAAAUACUGUUGCAUUAUUUUUUGUUUCAACAGUACAUGAUUUUUGUUCCUGCCAUUUUGCGUAUUUUCUCAAGUUUGGCUAUCACAGGAGAAACAAGCCCAGAUAGGGAGUUCUCAUUCAAAUCCCCGAUAAAAAGUAGCAGCCAUUUCACCUUGUCCACCCCCAGCAAGCCGCCUUCUCAUGUUGUCUUUUAAAGUGACCCCGGUGGGCAAAGGAAGCCAAAAUAUUCUGGACUUCAGCCCUAUUCGUACACCAGGUGGUCCUACAGUUACUCCACGACACGACUACACCACCUUCAGCUUCAGCAACACUCCCUUUAAAGACUUGCCUCUGUUUAACUCCCCAAGAGAGCUGCUCACAUCCGCUCCCUCCAGAGUGACCGGACCAGCAGAGUCGCCCACUGAAUGCCUCAAAAGUAGCUGCUCCAGAGAGCUCCUGCAGGGAGGCAGCUUCUCUGGUCUGGAUGAUGACGACCUUGGUGGUCCCACAGUUACUCCACAACAUGACAACACCACCUUCAGCUUCAGCAGCACUCCCUUUAAAGACUUGCCUCUAUUUAACUCCCCAAGAGAGCUGUUCACAUCCGCUCCCUCCAGAGUGACCGGACCAGCAGAGUCGCCCACUGAAUGCCUCAAAAAUAGCUGCUCUGGAAAGCUUAUGUGGGGAGGAGGCGCCGCACCAGCCAAUCGCUCAAUCACAGAGGGUCUCGUCUCGGAUACCUUGAACGACAACCUGAACAAGAUAUUGUUGGAUAUUAGCUUGUCUAGUCUUGAUGAUGAUGACCUUAGUAUGGCAAACAUGACCUGGUCUGAGUUAUUCCCUCAGUUGAAGUAGUCAGAGGGCCGAAUCAGACUCUAUGGCUGAGCAGUGUCACCUGUUUUUAAGGGGGGAAAAGUGUAACAUUGUAACGUUCUCUCUUUGAAUUUCUUCACAUAUUUGACCACUUUGUGUUUUAUGGUUUUCCUUUUUUGCCGUAUUUGUCUGUCUUCUUGAAGGACAUGAAUUCAUUUCUUGAAAGAAUUAAUUAUAUGUGUCAAUAAUUAAUUACAUUUUGAAUUAAAUAAAUAAAUACAUGUGUCAAUAAUUAAUGAA